ACGAAAACCUGCCGGACUCGCACCACAAUUUAAUUGGAGAACAUCGUGUUUCUACAAUAGUUAUCUUUGGGAAAUUUACUCUUAACAUCUUCGAAAUGUUCCUUAGGCGGAUGCUCUGCUCGGGACUGCCCCGCUCCAUGUCCACGGUCCCGGCGAUCGCGACGACGGAACCAAAGACAGUAUCUAGUGGCGAUAAAUCUGGUGAGCCGCUGAGCCAUCCGGAUUACUUCGGCGUGCACAAGCUCUUCACCGUGGAAGACCUGUUCAAAGCAAGAGUACACCUGGGCCACAAGGAGGGCACGUUGAACGAUAACAUGAAAGGGUACCUGUACGGCAGUCGACUUGGGCAUUGCGUUAUCGAUUUGGACAAAACGGCAGAACAUCUGAGGGUGGCCCUGAACAUUGCGGCCCACAUCGCGUAUCGUGACGGUAUUAUAUUGUUCUUCAACAGAAACGCACUAAACGCGCAUCAAGUGGAGAAAACCGCGAAGGAGUGCGGCGAGUAUGCUCACACGCGUUAUUGGCGUGGCGGUGUCUUUACGAACGCGAAGGUUCAGUUUGGAGCGGUCACUAGAUUACCAGAUUUAUGCAUCUUUUUUAAUACUAUGAACAACGUGCUGGACAUGCACACCGCCGUACGCGACUCAGCUAAGAUGAACAUCCCCACGAUCGGUAUUGUGGACACGAAUUGUAAUCCCAACUUAAUUACGUACCCAGUACCCGGUAACGAUGAUACUCCGGUUGCCAUCGAGCUUUACUGUAAGCUAUUCAAGCAAGCAAUCCUACUGGGGAAAGAAAAGCGAAAAGAGCAAGUCGCAGAAGGGACAGCGAGUAGUGAGAGCUGAACAUUAGAUCCAGGAAGAGUGAAAUAAAUGCGCGAUAGUGUUCCCGUUUGUUAGAUCGAAUCCGGUUUAUUCGCAUUUCCUUCCCAUUCUAGAGUUUCAAAAACCA